GACUCGUAAGCGAUGGAGAGGUUGAUGCAAAUAAUAAAGGACAAUAGGCACGUGGCGAUCAAGAAAGAUAGGAGUGUGCGAGACCUCUACAACCUGAGCGAAAUUGUCGGAAGGGGGAAAUUCGGCGUGGUGUACCGAUGCCGCGAGAAGUCCACGGGCCUCACCUUCGCCGCCAAGUUCGUGAAGACGACGAAGAAGGAAGACCGGAAGGACGUGGAGAGGGAAAUGGAGAUCAUGAGGAUGCUCCAGCAUCCCAGGCUCCUCCAGCUCUACGACGCCUUCGAUGACGGCAAACACGAGAUGUGCCUCAUCUUAGAACUGAUCGAAGGAGGCGAACUCUUCGAAAGGGUGAUCGACGACGACUUCGUGCUGACGGAAAGGGCGUGCGCCAUUUUCAUGCGGCAGAUCUGCGAAGGAGUCCAGUUCAUGCACUCCAAGAAUGUCCUUCAUCUCGAUAUGAAGCCGGAGAACGUCCUCUGCCUGACCCGAACGGGGAACCGGAUCAAACUGAUCGACUUCGGGCUCGCCCGCCGCUUCGACCCCGCUCGGCCGCUCCAGGUCCUCUUCGGGACGCCGGAGUUCGUGGCGCCCGAGGUCGUCAACUUCGAGCCCGUCGGAUACGGCACGGACAUGUGGUCUCUGGGGGUCAUAUGCUACGUCCUCUUGUCGGGACUGUCCCCUUUCAUGGGCGACACCGACAUGGAGACGAUGUCGAACGUCGUGAUCGCCGAGUACGACUUCAACGACGCGGCGUUCGACGAGAUUUCCGAAGACGCGAAGGAUUUCAUCAGAAAACUCCUCAUCAAGAAGAAGGAGGAUCGAAUGCGGGUGGAGGAAUCCCUGAAACACCCUUGGAUACAAGGGAUAUCCCGAGGCAAGAAUCCCUCUCGCAGACGAGAUUCCCUGGACCAGGCGAAAGAGAACCUGCGAGACUUCGUGGUGCGAUGGAGCGAGAGCCCCCGCCACUCCGUGAACCUCUCCUCCAUAAAGGAGGAGCUGAGAGGCAUCCACGUCUCCCUGUCCGCGACGGGCGACGCCUUCCUCCACGGCGCUCGGAAGGGAUCGGCCGAAUCCAGUUGCAGCGUGGACUCCGACGCGAGUCGUCUCUGCACCGCGUCGCCGUCGACCAAGAAAAGACGGAUCCAGCGGCGGGAACAGGAAGGGGUGUUGAGUUUCGUCGAACCUCACCGAACAACUAGUACUUACCGAUCGGAGGAAUCGCUCUUACGUUUCAGCAAGCGCCUCAUGCCCGGGGAAGCGUUGGAGCACGCCUGGAUCAAGGGGACUUCCAAAGCGGAAGGCGAGAAGCCCCUGCCCGAUCUCAACAAGGCCCAGCUGAAACGCUACGUGGUGCGGCGGCGGUGGCGGAAAGGACGGAACUGCCUCAUCGCCCUCAAGCGCAUGGGAGCCACGUGGGAGAAACUCCGCAAGGGAAGCCUCUGA